GUCAGCAGCAUCAGUUCAACUCUGUCGAAUCAACAAUCAACAACAGCGAAUCAACAUGAAAUUUUUCUCAGUUGUCACCGUCUUUGUGCUCGGUCUCUUGGCCCUGGCCAAUGCUGUUCCAUUGUCGCCCGAUCCAGACAAUGUGGUCAUCAAUGGCGAUUGCAAAUACUGCAAUGUCCAUGGCGGCAAAUAGACGUACCCAAAGGCCUUCCUCUGCGGCUCAGCCCCUCCUAGCUUACCUCAAUCUGCUUGGCACAAUAUAUUUAUGUACUCACUGCGUUUCAAAAUCAACUUAGGCAUAUAAAUAAAAUAUAUAAUAAUUACUAUGAAAAACUAAAA